AUGAGCAAAAGUGUUUCGCGGAAAUCGGCACAUUUCGAGCAGCGCGAGCAGAAUAGGGAGCUGAGCAACACGACCGGCAGCAGUGAGACGUCGAACGAAAGUGCAUACGAGACUGAAGUUGAAUCGGACUUGAUCACCCGACGACUUCUUGAGCAGCCAUUAUCGGACUUUGAGCAGAUUCUCAAAACCGCAUCGAAUUUGAAAGCGCCUAGAAAAGAGGAGAAGAAAUCGACGAGCAAGAUCAUCAUGCAGAUUUUGGGAAGCGACAAGAAUGUGAAACGACCGGUUUCGUAUGAGAUGGAAAUGGAUUAUAUCGAUGAGGGAGCAUCUGACGAGAGCAGCCCGAAACGGCAGAAUGCGCCGACGCGCGGCAAUCCCGUGCAAUUUGUGCCCGAAAUUGGGCAGGGCGAUUAUCGCGAAACGCAAAAGUAUCUUGAGCUCGAGUGCGGCGGACGCGGAAUUCAGAAGAAUGUGUCUUGCGAUGAGUCUGAACAAAUGCGCUUCAUGUCGUCGAGUCAGAAUCUCAAAGAUACCGAGACGAUUCUUUCGCCAGAAGCGAACGGGAUGUUCACGUCGCUGAAGAAGCCGCCGGUUGAGAAUGGUUUGGUGCAGAGGAAUCCGGUGCUCAAAUACGACACCUAUGUGAAGCCGUUGCUCGAUACUGGAUUGGAUUGGAUUGGACCCCAAUGGUUUUGGUGCGAUAUUAAAGGGGCAUGA